CACACCUUCAGUUUCCACAUGUGGCGCCAUCUCUCCUGUCCUGUGUGGAUGUUAUCGCCCUAAAGGAGGAGGAAAAAUGAGACAAAAAACAGGAGGAGGAAAAGAAAAAUGACGAGUGGAGAAGAAGGAAGAGGAGGAAGAUGUUUCUUUUCACUCUGUGAGACACGGAGGAGGUUUGUGGAGGAUCAUAUUCUCUCCGGCUCAGACUAAGAGCUGCUUGAAUCAUCGACUCUGAUCCUCCUCCUCUCAGACAGGAGGAGGAGGAGGAGGGGGAUGUGCUGCUGCUGCUUUUCAGUCUCAGAUUCAGCGACAAGAAGCAGCGCAGAAGUCAAAGAGAACACAUAUAUGUGCUUCAGGACAGAUGAGACAUAGUGGACCCUGAGAUCUGCUCUGAACGAUGUUGGAAGGAGAUGACUUCUUCAUAAGAAAGUAAAAUAUCAGCUGCUUUUAUCUGCAACAGAAAUUUAGUCUGGGUAGGUUUAUCAAUAAGACAGCAAGAGUCGAUUGGCAGGAGCUGGUUUUAGACAUCACAGGACAAUGUCUUAAAGAAGCUUCAGGUUUUUACAAACAGGAUGGAGCCUGAGAGGAUUUCUGAACAAAAACAAAAUGAAGUUUGGAAGCAAUUUUAACUUUUUAACACACAGAUGACAAAGUGUGGACCCAGGCUGUACAUUUGAAAAGUAAGGAAGAUGAAGUUCGGGGGCAGUUUUUGCACCCUGAACGUCGGCGGCCGUAAGUUUUCCUUCUCAGCAGAGCUGAUGAAGCGCCUCCCUCUGAGCAGAUUGAGUCGACUGCAUCGCUGUGUGUCUGAGAGCGAGCUGCUGGAGCUCUGUGACGACUAUGACCGGGACAGGAAUGAGUUUUUCUUCGACCGGCACUCGGAGGCCUUCAGCUUCAUAAUGCUGUACGUGCAGCACGGGAAGCUCCGCUUCAUGCCACACAUGUGUGAGCUGUCCUUCUACAAUGAGAUGCUGUACUGGGGCCUGGAGAGUGGUGACCUGCAGCCCUGCUGCCAGCGACGCCUUGAUGACCGCCUCUCGGACUGCUUUGUGCACUUCUUUCCAGAGGAGGAGCCACGGUGCCACGAGGAGCCCCAACACCCCUGGCUGGAGAGGAUGAGGAGGAUCUUCGAGGAGCCCACGUCUUCGCUGUUGGCACAGAUCCUCGCCUCAGUGUCAAUGCUGUUUGUGAUCAUCUCCAUGGUGAUGUUGUGUGCGAGCACUUUGCCAGACUGGAAAACUACAGAGACUCUGGACCAGCACAGGAUCAUUGAGGCGGUGUGUAUCGGCUGGUUCACAGCUGAGUGUAUCAUCCGUUUCCUCAUCUCUCGAGAUAAGUGUGAGUUUGUCCGUCGUCCUCUGAACAUCAUCGACCUGCUGGCCAUCACCCCGUACUACGUCUCUGUGACCGUGACCAACCUCACGGGGGAGAACUCUCAGCUGCAGCGGGCCGGGGUCACUCUGCGUGUCCUGCGCAUUAUGCGGAUCUUCUGGGUGAUAAAGCUCGCACGUCACUUCCUGGGUCUGCAGACACUCGGUCUGACGCUGCGGCGCUGCUACCGGGAGAUGAUGAUGCUGCUGAUAUUCAUCUUUGUGGCCAUGGCGAUCUUCAGUGCACUGGCACAGCUGCUGGAGCACGGCCUGGAUCUGGAGACUGGAAACCAGGACUAUGCCAGCAUCCCUGCGGCCUGCUGGUGGGUGAUCAUCUCCAUGACGACUGUGGGUUAUGGGGACAUGUAUCCGGUGACGGUUGCAGGUCGCGUGCUGGGUGGCAUUUGCGUGGUGAGUGGCAUCGUGCUGCUGGCACUGCCCAUCACUUUCAUCUACCACAGCUUUAUCCAGUGCUACCAUGAGCUCAAGGUGCGCUCCGCCCGCUGCACCCACAGCCUGUCUGCAGAGUUCCUCAACUAGCAGCUGAGGAGGUGGAUGCACCGACCACUGAGGUGGAGGAGCAGCAUAGAGUUUAUUCCACUUAAUGAUUGGGUGGAGAGGUAAGACGGACGUCAACCACUGACUGCUGACAAGGAGGAGGGACGUGGAGUUUAUUUAGUCACUGGAUUUUGUUGCAUCCUAAAGACAUCAAUGUUUCAUAAUCAAAGGUCCAGUGAACAUUUGUGUUUUGACACCUGAAGAGCUCUUUCACCUUUUUUAUCUUUAUAGUCUGAGUUGGUUUUUGGCAGUAAAUAGAUUUUUGUAUUUCUUUAUCGACAACAAUCGUAAGCGUCUCAGUUCUAGUUUCUCUGAAGUACCUGUGCUGUUAUCUGACGAGAAUUAUUAGAAGAAAAUGUUGUGCACAUUUCAUUAAAAGAGUUUCAGUUCACAAAAGAAAAAAAACGGUAUAAAUAGUAGACGUAGACACCUUGAUGUCAGCCAUUGGUUUCUCCACUGUGGAGCUGUUCUCUGGAGCCAGAUGUGACCAUGUUCUGGGCUGAGGAUGUUACCGGAGAGGGGCAAGUUAUUGUAGCUCAGCAGCCAACACCCUUUAGCUGGUGAAGGAGCUAGUUUACUCUUGUGUUCUCCACAAAGUUGGAUUGUAUUAGUGGUCAUUUGUUUGUUUAUCAGACUGAAUAACUUAAGAGAGUUUGUGGAGCGCAACAGACUUGCUGCUGGCUCGCCAAACUCUCUGGUGAGUAAGCGGCGGGUGACUUACACACCACAUAACUCAAAACAACCAAUCCUCUUCGUGCUAUAAUCAUAAUCUCACCAGGGUAAAGCCAACAAUUGUACUGUAAGAUACAAAAUUACACUUUCACUCUCUGGAAAAGCACUUGAGUACAGAUUUCUUGGGCAGAGAGUUUGUGCCAUAAGCUGCACAGAAAGCCAAAACGUUGGUCCAAACUUUAGAUGAAAAAUUCAACAGAGAGCAGAGUUGUAUAAAGACUCUUCCCUUGAACACUGGUAAUGAAUGCAGUAAAUAGUUGGAACUGCAGUUUAUGCACAUUGACUUCACGUCUCAGCAUUGUUGCUGUCAUUUGCUGAGAAUGUGUUAAACCAAGGGAUGAAAAAUGCAUCGUCCAUGUUUGUUGAGUCGUCUGCAGAUAACCCAAAGAUGAGGAAUUCAAUUUAUUCCAAGUAAAGAAGCUGAACACUGUGAGUACAGGAGUCUCUCCAGUCAGAAUGACAACCACCUGUCCUGACAGAGAUGCUGUCACAUCAGAGCUUCAUUUUGUGUCUGAGUUUGGUCUUUGUGGACAAGUUGAGCAUCACAAACUGAAUCAUAAAACACUGAGAUUUAAACUGGAUUCCUAGCACUGAGAUAAUUCAUGUAAAAUUUGACUUUGGUCUCACAGUUAACAGUCCUGUACAAGGGGCAUAAAGGGUCUGCAGGUGUUAAACGACCUGAGCCAUUUUAAAAAUAAGAAAAUACAGACGGCUUUGUCCUAUCUCGUCCAGAGCCUUCGUGUGGGGACCUGUCCCGUUCACUAUCUAUCUGUACUGCUUGGUAAAUGUAGCUGGAGGCAAGAUCCAUCUCAGUCCUUUAGAUGGUGACUGGGCGGGUUGGGUCUCUUCCAGAGGCAGAGUGAAAGCUUUCCCUUCUUCAGUUCAAAUUCAGGAGUCAUCCACAUAUCUUAAAGGCUGGUUUAUACUUCUCAGACGUGAGCACUACAUACUUGUGCGUCGAUGUGUCCGUGUCACGCAGUAAUACUCCCCGAAAUGCAUGAGGGCAGUGUGGUCUCUCCGAAUUUCCUGCCCCGCUAUGUUUUCGGUUUACUUCUCCACAGCGAGUUCUGUACAUAUCAGGAUGAUUUAGAGCUGAUACAUGUUGCUGUUUAUCAUACAGACAUGAUCACAGGGAGAGGAGACGUCGGAGGAGAUUAACUACAUGGCUGAUGUGCGGGGAACCUGCAAGUAAAUAGUGCUGUAAAUGCAGGAAACACAAUGAUGCAGAGCGGACCAAUCACAGGGUUUGAGGUCCAUGUUGAUUCAAUGCGUCGUAACAUUUUGGAGGAGGUGCGCGUCGGCUGCGUAGGCCUCUGCGUAGAUAAGGGGGCUACGCAGACCUACGGCGUAGGAUAUGACGUCAAUUUGACACAUAAAGAAAAAAUCCGGCUUGACAAGAGGCUCCUGAAAGAAGAUCGAGCUCUGCUCUCUACUUCAACAUGGAGACACUUUAGCACAGUCUGUAUCUGCCCUCUUUGUAAUGAUGUUUUGGUAAAUGUCCCAGCAUGGCAGAGGUCUGGUGUGAUAGUGUCUCUGUUUCAUAGAAGAUGUUUCUUAAUGUUUUUAACUGCCUCUUUAGCAAGGAUGCAUGAAACAGAAAGAAGCAACGCUGUUGGAAACUUUGGUUUCAUUGGGAUAACUUCUGAGAGAGUUUUUUUAUAUGAUGAAUUGUUUUAACCAUGAGAGCUUGGAUGUAACAGGUGGUUUUGAACUCACGAGCAGCACACUUGAGCACAGGAACUACAGGGGAGUCCUCUCAGGCAUAUUCCUGCAGAGUGUUUUUGGGGGUUUUGGUCUCAGUAGAUGUGUGUCUAACAUGAGUCUGGUCCUGCUGGAGGUUUCUGCCUGUUAAAGGAAGUUUGUCCUUGCCACUGUAACUUGCUAAAUGCUGCAAAGUGCUCUGCUCAUGGUGGAUUAAGAUGAGAUCAGACUGAGUCCCGUCUGUAAGAUGAAACUGGAUCUUAUCCUGUCUUGAUGUUGGCUCUUUGUUAAUAAUAGAACAUAGAGUACGGUCUAGACCUGCUCUGUUUGGAAAGAGUCUGAGGAGAACAUUUGUUGGGAUUUGGCGUUUUUGAAUAAAGAUGGAUUGAUUGAGGUCUGUCCAGCUGUAACAUUAGAGCUCUGAUUCACUUUUUAAGGCCAAAUUUCACUUUUUCUGAAGACCUUCCUCUGACAACGUGAAACAUGGUUAUGCCAACUCCAUUAAAAACAACAAAUCAAACAUGUGUAGUGUAAGGAAAACAAGACAUGUAUCAGUGAGCACAUCUGGCAGCCAGCUGUUGUGGUUAUAUUUUACAGGUUUGAGUUUACAGUCGAUUAGAUCCUGGGAAGAUUUCUCUGCUGGCUUCUGUUCAGUAGCUUUAAAGGAUAAACACUGUUUGUCACAACACAAGUACGUGCUGGUAAUGUGCUUUCUUUCUUUGUAAAAAGAUGAUUUCACUGCAGUGUGACAUUACAGGAGUGUUUUUAUAUAAUUUCCAGUCGUCACAGACUUGUCACCAGGGGACAAGGGUACCAGGUCAGAGACUUUACUCUGAUCAAUCAAACCCUCAGCCGAAGUCCUUCCUGCUCCUCAGAGGACCUCACUGCUUCAUGUUUAGCCCUUUGAGUCUCCUCUGGUCUCUCUGGACCCUCAGGGGUUAAACCCAGCAUGUCCACUUACAGUCUGUGCUGGAACUGGAUCCCUUCCCAUCAGCUGAACACCCUUUGUGGUUUCCAAGGCAACAGCAGACUCAAAGACAGGAAGUGAAAGUGUGGAAACAUUUGGUUUUGAAUGUCAGGAAGCUGAAGUGUGACUUCUCUCGCUAAAAACUCUUCUUCUAUUUAUUCUUCUUCUGUGAUGUGAAAUACUGCAGGGUUCAUAGAGAAGCACAACUAACCCAACUCUACUCUUUCUUUCUUUCUUUCUUUCUUUCUUUUUUAUCAUGUUUUUCACAUUCUUUUCUCUCUCUUUUUCUGUCAGUCUUUCUUUCUGUUUUUUGUUUUUAUUUAUUUGUAUCUUUCUUUUGUUCUCUUGUUUCUUUCCUCUUUUUCUCUCUUUCUCUCCAUCUUUCAUUUUCUUUUCUUUUUUCUGUUUUUUCUUUCCAUUUUUCUUUCUUUUUUCUUUUUCUCAUUCAGUCAUUUUUCCUUGUUUCAUUCUGUCUUUUUUCUCUUUCUCUCUUUUUUAUUUCAUUCUCUCGUUCAGUCUUUCUUUAUUUUUUUCAUCCAUUCUUUCAUUCAGUCUUUUUUCCCUUUUUCAGUCUUUUUCAUCUGUUCCUUUCUUUUUCCUCUCUGUCUUUCUUUAUUUUUUUCAUUCAAUCUUUUUCCUCUCUUUUUGUGUUUCUUUCUUUUUUUCUUGCAGCCCUUUUCUUUCUUUCUUUCUUUCUUUCUUUCUUUCUUUCUUUCUUUCUUUCUUUCUUUCUUUCUUUCUUUCUGUCUUUCUUUCUUUCUUUCUUUCUUUCUUUCUUUCUUUCUUUCUUUCUGUCUGUCUUUCUUUCUUUUAUUUUAUUUUCUUGCAGUUGUUCCCCAUGAAUUUCAGGACUUCUUUUCUUCUUGAUUUCUUUAAUAAGCUUGAGAGUUUUUCAUUUAAGGAUCUUUAUUUUCGUUUAACAUUUUUGAAACGAUUAAAUAACACAUGGUUCAUUUGAUAGCAGUUAUUGGAAAAGAGUGAAUACACCCAUCAUUCAGCUGAAUUAAUAAAACAAAUACUUUCUUUGACUACACAUCAAACCCAGCCCUCUCUCCCUGUGCCCUCCCUUUAGAGAUCUCUUGCACCUUCUUAAAAAUUGAGACUUCUCAAAGUUCUUCUAACCUUCACACACAUAUUAACUCACUAAUGAUGCUGGAUGUUACACAGUGCACCCAUCAGUGCUCACUAAUCUCAUCCACACAGAACAGGCUGUGCCAUGGGGCACUCUGUGGUUCAGUGAUCAAGGACACUUCAGCAUGUGGACUGCAGGAGCUGGGCACUGAACCUCCAACCUUCCAACUGGGAGUUCCCCAACACUGAGCCACAGCUGCCCCACUUCAGGAUAGUUACAGUACAGUUGUAGAUACAGAUACAGUGAGCCCACAGGUCAAUACAUACCCUGGUGUUUGGUCACGCUUUUCAGUUUGGUCCAGUUCUGACAGCCUGAGCCGUUUGAAUGUUGUUGUUUUUUCGGGCAUUACAAUCGGACGUGUUUUAGAAACAUUUUACAGGAACAACAAGAGGAGAAAAAAAAGAUAUGUUUUUAAAACUGCAGAACUAUUUCUUUAUUUUACUUUAAAGCAAAAAAACAACAAUUUAUAUGCAUUCCUGAUGUAUUGUACAAUAUGAAAUAAACUAAUAAACAUCUA